AAUCAGAUACCGUCUCAACUGUCACUGAAGUCAAAAUUGUAUAGGGUCGAAUAUGUGAGUGCUGACUGUAUUGCAGUGCACUCUGCAAAUCGUGUGCAGGACUGACUGCAUGAUGCCGUAGCUGUGAUGUUUGCGCGCAGGAAUAGUUCUGUCUGCAACCUUUUACUGUUUGGGUCUAUGCAUGCAGCUCUGCACCCAGGAGUGACCCCCACCAAGCACGGAAGCACAGUCAGGGAUUCAGGGGCUCGCCUGGCAGGAGCUUUGGGGGUGGAUGCAUGCUCAGCACGGUAUGCUUAUAAUUGUACUCUAUUGGUGCAAUGGGGGGGUGGGGUAUUAUAAAAAUAGCAGCCUGUGUGCUAGCUGGGUGGUGUGAUAGAGAAGAGCUGUUUGUAGUUGCUGUGAAGAACCUGCUCAAUUGUUGUAACCUACUAUAACAAUAAAGGAGUUAUUGUCUGGAAGAUUCCUGCUGCCGCUGUUUGUUCCUUCUUCGGGAAAUUGUCAUGAUUUCAAGACUUCAGAGGUCAGGCGCCAGUGGGGUUGCUAACUUGUCAUUACAUUUAUCAAACACCAGGGGGAGUUUAUCAAUUCUUUGUAAAGUGAACCAAAUAUUGGGAAAGAGCACAAACCAUAAACAUUUCACACUGCAUUUUUAAAGGAGUCUGUGCUCAAAUUAAGGAAGUGUGAAAAACAAGCAUAUAAAACACUUCUGUACUCGGGUAACUUCACUUUUGAAAAUUCACAACCAUCUUUUGCACUGAGGAAUUUAUCAUCACUGGCGAAAAAGGAAGAAAGCAGAACAAUAACAAUGGAUUUAGAUUACGAGGAUGCAUAUGAUUAUAAUUACACUUACAAUGAUAAAUAUCAAGAUUUGUAUCCCUCAGUGAAUUACUCUACAUCAUCACACACACCCCAAUCGCGCAUUGAAGACUCAUUAAAAAUAUUCAUCAUUGUAUUACUGGUCGUAAUAUUUCUUCUGGGUCUGUGUGGGAAUGGGCUGGUCAUCUGGAUGACGGUCUUCAAGAUGAAGAGGACAGUCAACACCACCUGGUUCCUCAGCCUGGCCAUCGCUGACUUCAUAUUCUGUGUCUUUAUUCCCUUCAGUAUCGUACAUUUGGCCUUGGACCACCACUGGCCCUUUGGACUAGUUAUGUGCAAACUGACGUCCUUCAUAAUGUUCCUCAACAUGUUCGUCAGUAUCUUCCUCCUGACCCUCAUCAGCAUUGACCGCUGUGUGUCAGUCAUCUUCCCUGUCUGGUCUCAGAAUUACCGCACUCCAAGAAUGGCUUCUGUAGUGGUCCUGGCUGCAUGGGUGACUUCUGCCCUGUUAAGCACACCCUCCCUUGUGUUCCGUGACAUCCAUUCCACAGAUGAGAAAACCACUUGCUACAAUAACUAUAUAUUGGCUAGUGACCAAUCACACCUGUCUGCAGCUGAGAGACACAAAGCUGUUUCUUUAACAAGAUUUAUCUGCGGCUUUGUCAUUCCCUUCACAGUUAUAGUGUUUUGUUACUCCUUCAUUGUCGCAAAAGUGAGAAACAACCGCAUGGCAAAAUCCUCCAAGCCAUUCAGAAUCAUGGCGGGCAUCAUCGUUGCGUUCUUCAUCUGCUGGUUGCCCUAUCACAUGUUCAUAAUAAUGGAGAUCAGCCACCACCAGCACAAUAAACAGGUGCUCCACUAUGGGAUGCAAAUAGCCUACAUGCUGGCUUCUGCCAAUAGCUUCUUAAACCCUAUCCUCUAUGUAUUCAUGGGCAAAGACUUUCAGCAGAAGUUCAGGAUCUCUGUUCUUUCCAGGAUGGAGAAUGCACUGGGUGAGGAUGUACAGACAAGCAGGCGCUUCUCAAGGACCAAUUCAACAUAUGACAAAGUCUCAACCCACAUAUAACCUGGUGAACUUUCUUCUUGACUGUUUAUCAGAGCAAUCUUUACUAAUGCAUUGCUCUUCUAGGUUAUAUUUACUUUGUGUCAUUCUGGUGAGGUUCUGUGACCUCAAUAGAAUUCUCUGCUAUCAAAUCACCUGCUAUCAAAAGUUCUGUGCUCUGUAUUGUCACAUGUUUUAUUGUGUUUGGUUGCACUUUGUCCAUUUUUAAGCAUGCAAUAAAAAUCACCUGGAGUUUAAUAGAAUGAAUAUCUCUGGGGAAAUCAAUUUGUAAUUGCACAUGAAUUAAAAAACUGUGUUAUUUCAGUUAUAUUUAUCCACUUAAUGCACUUACACCUUGGAAUAACAUAUACAUGUCCUGAUGGCUUUAAUUGUUUCCUACCUCUUGACAUAACAUCAUUGAAUAUUAACUUUUCUAUAAUGUGUUUGUAUAUAUUUCUGUAACAUGUAAAUGCAUUUUGCAACAGUGGUCCAUAGAUUAUUACACUUGACUCCAGUCUCCCAAUCUCUCUGGGGAUUAAAGAGAUAAG